UCUUGUCGCUGUGACAUUACAUUGGUUAUGUUUUACAUGGACGCGUCCCAGACGGCGGCCUCAGGAUUCUCCAUCCUGAAACAUUUCAUGAGUAUAAUCGGUGUGCUGAGCCAGUCGCUCCUGUUAUGCUGGCUCGGAGAAAGGCACAUUCAGCAGAGUCUGCGAGUUAAGGCUGCUGCUUACAACUGCAAUUGGUGCGAUCAAUCGGCCAGGUUCAAACGUCUUCUGCAUAUGAUAAUAUUACGAGCUCAAGAUCCUGUGAAAUUUUCUGCUGGCUCUUUCUUUGACAUCAAUAUCGAGACAUUUGACCACAUUCUUCGACGCGCAUACUCCUACUACGCUGUCCUGAGGAAGAUGAAGGAACCUUGAGCUUCACCAUCGACGUGGAUUGCAAUUUGCAUGCUUUUAUUGGUGUAGGAAACAUUCUCACAGGGUUAGUUCUAACGGGUCCUGACGAUGGCGUAGUAUACUUAAAGACUGCUGGAUUUUCCCAUAGUCUGAGUGAAAGCAACUAUGCGAAAAGCGAACUUGUUUCAGUCUGCAGGUGAAAAUGUGGGAAGAAUCUACUCAGUUGUGUCCUUUACAGAGUUCAUCUCCAGCGAAUAAGACAGUGAUGAACCAAGAAACAGGUAUCUUCCCGUCUUUUCGCCUGCUGGCGGGAACAGGUCUGGUUUCGCAAUGCUAUGUUUGGCAUCACUGUAUGUUCCACGUUUCCUUGCCUCCUCCUGUAUCUUUUACUUCCUUCCAAGUUAUAGAAUAUGUCAUUUAUGCACGCCUCGGCCGCACAUUUUAGUAGAACGCAUUAUAGACCAUAGACAAACUAUAGAAACACAAUAAUUAUAAAUUCGCGCUAAGAGCUUCUGUUUUAGUCGUUCACUUUAAGGCAUUUUUAGUGUAGCCUUUUAACAAUUUACAGAUUUAUCUUCUUCUGAAUAAUAUACAAUUCACACCUCGUAGGAAACACUCACACAUUUCGUCUCCGCUACAAUGGUCCACCCGUUAAUGAUGUUUAGGGAAAAACUUGCUGUUUGUUGAGAGAACCAUAUGAAAUGCACAAAUGCACUCUGUGGAUAGAAUGCAGAACUUUCGUAUAUUAAAUUGUGUGGUACAUACAGUAACCACUGGGAGUCAAAGGGUUACUCAACAAAUAUGUUCAUGUUGAAUAAUUUUAGGUUGUUUGUUCAUAUCUUAGUGUUUAGGGAGUCUCAAAUAUUAGCACAGGCCUUUCAAUCUGUUUUUCAUUCACUUAAACAGAAGAACCUGUCCAUGUGUCAUGUCACCCAUUUACACUUUGUUAUGAAUUCUAGUGAUUUCUUGCAAAGUGCAAACUCUAAGUAAUUUAACUCAUUGUUGACAAUUAAUUAAUGUAUGAUUCUAAAUUUGGGCGAAGUAGUCCUUUCUGUAGAAUGAUGGUGCAUAAAGUUAAAGAUUGAGUUAGAUCUCACUGAAGGACGUUGGGUAUCUUCUCUCCAGCACUAUGUUCUGAACAACUCUACAACUCAACCCGUGUCCAAUAGCUACAGGGGCUUUUUUCUGAAGUUAUGUGUUAACUGGAGCAUGAAGCUUACCUUUCGUUUCGACGAUUUUAAGAUUGCGUCGAGCUUUAUAUCCAUUCUGUUAUUGUGGAUUUUUACAACUUUUAUGAUGCAUAUAGGUACUUGUAAAGGUUUUCAUGUUACUUAGGAAGUCAAUUUAUCAGCUAAUAACGUAGGAAUUAUUGGCUACUUUAGUCUUUUCUUCAGGUAGUCUUACGUUUUUGUGCUCAGCUUGUCUUUCUUAGGGAAACCCAUGUAACCAAGCGUUUUGCCUGGCAAUUCGUAUGUGAUUGCGAGGAAUUUGAGAUCUGCGUAAAACCACCAAGGCUGUCGUUAUGAAUCCUCAUGUGGCUUAAAAUGGCGGAAUUUAUAGGUUAUAUUUUUCAGGCUGGACCAUUACUAGCAGGUAGGCUUGUCUCUCAUUACGGCUUUCCUACUGAUUACGGAAUCAAAUAUUUCGUUCUAGGACCGAUAGAGAACUUAUUCCUGAUAUGUGUGUGUGUCUAUCUGUGAUGGUUGGGCUGCUUCGUUGUGUGGAUGAAUUUGUUUUGUAGGUCUUCUUAAUUUCUGAUAGGCUCACAUAAUUUUGCUUCGCAUGUGCGUGUGACAGCAACGUGUGAACCCAUUCACAGAUUCAAUGUUUAAUUUAGUUCCAAGGAACAUGUGAAUGUAUUGCGUUAACGCGAUGGUGUGCA